UGAUUAAUGAUUAUUUCUAAAAUUUGAGUAGUCAUUGUCUCACACUCAAAGUUUAAAAAAAAGUCAUAAUAUAGACUAUACAGACUCUAGUCUAGAUCUAGAUCUAGGUCUAUAUAUAGUAGUGUUAUUGUAAAUUGUGGGACUUCAGUAGCCUGAGUAGGCCAAGAACAUUUUAGGGUAUUCUAGAAAAAAAAUAUUCCACAGAUAAUUUGAUCUACACUGAUGUUUAAAAAGGAUAGAUCUACAAGAACAUUUACAUCUGCACCUUCUAACAGUUUCAGAAACAAAAGAAGAAGACAUUCUAUUUAGUCCUUUUUCCGACAUUGCUAUUGUUUCAAAACCAUGGCUUCACAGACAUCUGAUGUUAAGGUUUACAUCUAUGACAUAUCAAUGGGAAUGGCAAGGGCAAUGUCUCAAGGAAUUCUGGGCCGACAAAUAAAUGGUAUAUGGCAUACUGGAAUUGUUGUUUAUGGUCAAGAAUAUUUCUUUGGAGGAUCAAGUGGAAUAGAAGCUUGUUCACCAGGUGGAACAGUUCUUGGAAAUCCACUGGAAAUAGUAAACUUGGGGCAAACAGAAAUACCUUUUGAUGUUUUUAUGGAUUAUCUUCAUGAGCUUUCUAUUACAACCUACAAGCCUGAAAGCUAUCAUUUAUUCCACCACAACUGCAACAAUUUCUCAUCAGAAGUGGCACAGUUUCUAACUGGGAAAGAUAUACCAUCUCAUAUCACUAGCCUCCCACAAGAAGUUCUUAGCACACCUUUCGGUGCAAUGAUACAGCCAUUUGUUGAGGCAAUGCAUGUACAAGGAGGCCAUUCACCAUUCCAGUGACAAUGUUUUUGUCAUGUUUAUGUACAUAAGCUCUUCUAUUUAAUUGAAGACAUCAGAUACUAAAAUCUUAAUAAUUUAAAAUAAAAACCUAAAUUGUUAACUAGCUGAAUUACAAGUUGUCUUCAUUUGGUCAGUACUGUGAUUUUUUUUUUCUAUUUUAUUUUAUUUUGUGUUCACUUUUCCAUUUGACUUCUCUAAACACAUUUGUACAGUUACUCUUAUUAAGCUUGCCUGGAACCUGGACAUGGAUUUCAAAGACACCUGUAAUGAUUUUCCUAGAAAUUAAUUAAUGUAUAUAUUUGGCUGUUAUAUUUUUUCCAAAUAUAAUCAUCCUAAAAUUAAAUAGGGUUUGAAUGCGUCAAUGGGCAUUCAGGCAUGUAUUCAUUAAAGAGUUCAAUAAAUAAUAAAUGACAUUCAGGAACAUUUUUCACAUUGUCUUAUGUAGACAACAUUAGCUGGAAUUAAUUUGUGACAAUAUAUAUGUGUAUACAAUUCUUACACAAUUUAUUAAUACACAAUAUCUAUAACUCUAACUAGAUCCUGUAUUCUAGGCUACUUUCUUUUGAAAAAAAUCCCAUUUCAAUAGUGUUAAAUAAAUGUUUCCAAAACUAUUGACUUAUUCUUUAAACAAUUUUUAGCUGUAAUAACAUGUAUUAUAAGUUUUGCUUUUUUUUUUAAGAUAUAAAUCAAAUAAUUAAUUUGCAAUUGUGCUGAUCUGAUCAUUAUUUAUACCCUGAAAAGGUCACAAAAUCUUUUUAUUAUGUUAAUUUUACACCGAUUUUAGUAGCAAUAUAACUUAUUGAAGGCUUAUAUUAUUACAUGACUAUAAUAUUGUUUUUCUAAGUGAAGUAAGAAUGAAAUUAAUUCCUUUAUGGUUGCAAACGAAAAACUUUCUAGACUGCAAUAAUUCUGUGCAUACAAACACAACUCAUUUUUAACCUGAUUUGUUUUAUUGAAUCUAGUGUAGAAAUGCAUUGCAGCAAACAUUAAGCUGGUGAAUAAAUCAAGAAGUUUUUGAAUUCUUGUAAAGCUAAAUACCAUGUCUCUCUCAUUCACUGAAGCAGUCUAGGGUAACCAAUAGUUCACAAUCUAGACAACUCUUUAUUCUAGUUGAUUUAUGAAAGCAACAUGAAUAAUACAUUCUUGCACCAAUGACUGCUGAGUAAUUUACUACUUAAAUUUCAAUAUGGACCAGAAGUUUGGUCAUUUCUCUCAGUGGACCAGAAGCAUAGAAUUCCCUAAGUUUGGUCAUUUCUCUCAGUGGACCAGAAGCACAGAAUUCCCUAAGUUUGGUCAUUUCUCUCAGUGGACCAGAAGCACAGAAUUCCCUAAGUUUGGUCAUUUCUCUCAGUAGAAGAUUAAUAUGAUACCAAAACUUGUAUUCCGACAAAGACUACAAUCCAGGACUAUUUUUAGCAUUUGAGUAAGAGCUAAUUCAAAAGACUAGAAUGCAUGUACAUUAGUAAGUAAUAUUAAUGUUUUGUUUUUAUAUGAGAUAAAUAAAAUAUUUUACUUUCAA